AUGCUGUUCAACGUUGUAAAAAUAUCUCUGUCUCAACAUACUUACAUGACAUGUGUAUUUUCAUUUAUAUCUUAUUCAUCUAUAUACCUACCACUCUCUGUCGAUUAUUCUUUUCUCUCUCUCUUUCUCUCUCUCUCUCUCUCUGUAUUUUCAUCUGCCUUUCUUUUUUUUCUUCUUAUUUUUCAUUUUUUCAGCCUCUUUCUUUUUUUCUGUCCGUUUCUUCUCUCUUUUAUUAGAAUCCAUGCACUUCUCUUCUUCCUCGUUUUUACUCAUUUCUUUUCAUUGUCUUUUUCUAUUCAUUGCCUUUUUCAAUCAUUUACAUUCAUUUCUUCUUUCAUUUUUUUCUUUUCAUUUCUUCUUCUAUUUCUUCUUCUUUCAUUUCUUCUUUCAUUUUUCUUCUUCUUCCAUUUCUUCUUCUUCUUCCAUUUCUUCUUCUUUCAUUUCUUCUUCUUCUUUCAUUUCUUCUUCUUCUUUCACUUCUUCUUCUUUCAUUUCUUCUUCUUCCAUUUUUUCUUCUUUCAUUUCUUCUUUCAUUUCUUCUUCUUCCAUUUCUUCUUCUUUCAUUUCUUCUUCUUCAUUUCAUUUCUUCAUUUCUUCUUCUUUUUUCUUCUUCUUUUCAUUUUUCUUUCAUUUCUUCUUCUUUCAUUUUUUCUUCAGACAUUUCUUCUUUUUCAUUUCUUCUUCUUCUUUCAUUUCUUCUUCUCCUUCCAUUUUUUCUUCUUUCAUUUCUUCUUUCAUUUCUUCUUCUUCCAUUUCUUCUUCUUUCAUUCUUCUUCCAUUUUUUCUCCUUCCAUGUCUUCUUCUUCUAUUUCUUCUUCUUCCAUUUCUUCUUCUUCUUCCAUUUCUUCUUCCAUUUCUUCUUCUUCCAUUUCUUCUUCUUUCAUUUUUUCAUUUCUUCUUCUUCCAUUUCUUCUUCUUUUAUUUCUUCUUCAUUCAUUCUUCUUUCAUUUCUUCUUCCAUUUCUUCUGCUUUCAUUUCUUCUUCUUCCAUUUUUUCGCCUUUCCUUUCUUCUUUCAUUUCUUCUUCUUUGAUUUCUUCUUCUUUCAUUUCUUCUUCCAUUUCUUCUUCUUCCAUUUCUUCUUUUUUCAUUUCUUCUUCUAUUUCUUCUUCUUUCAUUUCUUCUUCUGUCAUUUCUUCUUCUUCCAUUUCGUCUUCUUCCAUUUCGUCUUCUUCCAUUUCUUUUUCUACCAUUUCUUCAUUUCUCUUCAUUCUUUUUAUGUAAUUCUUCUUUCAUUCAUUUGUCUUUCAUGUGUUCUUUCAUUUAUUCUAUUAUUUGUGUUUUUCUCUUCAUUUUCUUUUAACUUUGAUUUUUUCCUUCAUCGUUUUCUUCUUUCGUCGUUUCUCCUCCUCUUCAAUGCAGUUUUUUUUCCCUUUUUUUUUCUUUUUUAUUUUACUUAUUUGUCAUUUUCUAUGAAUUCGUCUCCGUUUAAAUUCUUCUUUUCAUCUUAUGAAUUCUUAUUUUCUCGUUUAUUUUUUAUUUAUUCUUCUUUCAUUUCUUCUGUUGUUCCUUCUUAUUCUGUUUCUUCCUCUUUCAUUUCUCCUUCUUUCAUUUUUCUUCUCCCGUUUCUUCGUCUUUCAUGUUUUAUUUUUUCUUUCAUUUCUUCUGUUGUUUCUUCUUCUUCUGUUUCUUCCUCUUUCAUUUCUCCUUCUAUCAUUUCUUCUUUGAUAACUUCUUCCUUCAUUGAUUCUUCUGUUUCUUCUUCUUUCGUUCCUUCUUUAAUUUCUUCUGUCGUUUCUUCCCAUCGUUUCUUUCUUUUUCAUUUCUCCUUCUUUCCUUUUUCUGUCAUUUUUCUUCUCCCGUUUCUUCGUCUUUCAUGUUUUUUUUUCUUUCAUUUCUUCUUUCGUUUCUUAUACCGUUUCUUCUUGUUUAAUUUUCCUUUUUUUUUCUCUCCUCUCUUUUCUCCUUCACUUGAAUUAUUGCCCUUUACUACCUUUUUUUCUUGUCCUUCAUUUCUUUUCUUUUUCUUUUAUCAUUCUUCCUUUUGUUCGGCUUCUUUGAAUUUUUUUUCCUCCAACAUAUUCUUCUGUGACCAUCUUUUCCUCUAA